GUGUGUGUACGAGCGGGAGCAAGUUGUCGUUUGUGUGUGUGUUUAAUGGAACCUAAGGAACUGAAAUUAGUAUGCAGCUUUGAGAUGAGCUUUAAUCCUAGGACUGAAUAUAGUAAAUCAUUUGGGCGAAGCCAUGUAUUUGAUUUAAAUUCUAAAUAACUGCCGCUGCAGCACCAGAGAUCGCGGCGUACAACACGUGCACAUGAACUUGUGCGGAGAAGCCAGCAUUUUCUCAGUAAAUCUGCACUUGCAAAGUGUCAAGGUGAUAAAAUGGAUAAUGUGGAAAAGGAAAAUAAAGACCUAAAUCAUGAAGUUAACCAGGGGUGGACCUGGCAUCUUGUGAUAGCUUCCAUUUUUGGAGUUCUUGGUUCUUCAUUUUUAUAUGGGUAUAAUCUGUCUGUUGUCAAUGCACCAGCCAGAUAUAUUAAACAUUUUUACAAUGAAACAUGGAAUGACAGAUAUGGAACGAUCAUAGAUGCUGAUUCAUUAACUCUCCUUUGGUCAAUAACAGUUUCAGUCUGUGCCAUUGGUGGUCUUCUUGGUGCAUUAGCAGCGACUCCAAUGGUAAAAUGCUCAGGAAGGAAGGGAACUUUACUCUUGAACAACAUUUUUGCUAUUAUAUCUUCACUUUUUCUGACGUUUGGAGAAUCAGCCCGUUCCUUUGAAAUGCUUAUACUUGGUCGACUUAUUAUUGGAGUUGAUUCCGGUAUUGCACUCAGUGCAGUUUCCAUGUACUUGGGAGAGAUAUCACCGAAACAUAUAAGAGGAUCUCUAGGCCAGUUCAAUUCCAUCUUUAUUUGUGUUGGUGUAUUUAUGGGUCAAAUUAUGGGUCUUCCAGAAAUCCUGGGACAAGAAACUAGAUGGAAUUAUAUGUUUCUGUUCAUCAUGGCACCUGCCCUGAUGCAGCUACUUGUUUUGCCUUUUCUCCCUGAGAGUCCCCGGUACCUACUGCUUGAGAAAAGAGAUGCUGACAAAGCUGAAAAAGCUUUUCAGUUUUUUCUUGCUAAAAAUGAUGUCUCAAGAGAAAUGGAAGAGGUUCUGUCUGAACAGACCAUUCAGCAGACAAGCAUUUUAUCUAUUUGUGAACUUCUAAGAAGUCAUGGUGUUCGAUGGCAAAUUGUUACUGUAAUCGUUACUAUGGGUUGCUAUCAACUAUGUGGCCUGAAUGCUAAGAUGAUGUGUAAUUCUCUUUUAAGUCUCAGAGAAUUGGUUUAUUAUGCAAAGAUAUGGUUUUAUACAAACAGCAUUUUUAAAGAAGCAGGAAUGAAUGAAAGUCAAAUCCCUUAUAUUACACUGACCACAGGUGCCACUGAGACUCUAGCAGCAAUUUUUUCAGGAAUCGUCAUAGAGCGUGUUGGAAGAAGACCUCUGCUUAUUGGAGGAUUUGGUGCCAUGACUGUCUUCUUUGGCUUUCUCACAGUGUUUUUGCAUUUUCAGAGUGCAGCUAGCUGGAUCCCUUAUCUUAGUAUUGUGUGCAUUUUGGCUGUAAUUGCUUCAUUCUGCAUUGGACCAGGCGGAAUUCCAUUUAUCCUCACUGGAGAGUUGUUUCAGCAGUCUGAGCGACCAGCAGCAUUUAUGAUUUCUGGAAUGGUAUCCUGGCUCUCAAAUUUCACUGUUGGACUUAUUUUUCCUUUUAUUCAGGAAGCAUUUGGUGCCUUCUGCUUUUUAUUUUUUGCUGCUAUCUGCCUGGCAGGAGCCAUGUUUCUCUUUUUUGUCCUACCUGAGACCAAAAACAAGACAUUUGUUGAAAUCAGUCAAUCAUUUUCAAAAAUCAAUAAAGUGGCUGUUUGUGCAACACAAGAGGAAAUGGAAUGGGUUGGUGUAACAAAUAUCAAAGAAGAUGAGACACCGAAAAUCACCAUCAAAAAAGCUAGCAUUGUUAUAGAAAUGGAAAGCACUUUUUGACAAUUUUUAAUUGGUAAAAGAUUAGCAUUUUUACCUUUACAAUUAAGCUGUCUGUGGACUAGUUCAAAGAUGAUUGUUCUUAAUUCAAACGUAUUUCUGAAAAACUUUCAUGAUGAAGAUAUUUAACACUAGAAUUACCAGAGCCUACGAAAAAACUUGUA